CCAACGCCGUUAAUAUUUGCCGGCGCAGAGCUUUGACUUGAAGCGUACAUAAAUAUUUUUCACGCAGAAAAAAUUUCUUGCUUUAAUACAAGAAAAAAUCAAAAUAAACAAAUAAAUUGAAAAUUUGCAUCGAAUUGGCAUUAAUUACAAUGCGAUACAAAAACGAUCUCUAAGAAAAUAUUAAGAAAACUGUCACUAGUGAAUUAAAUUUUACUAUUUUCAUUUAGACAAAUUUUUACGGGGUUGAAAAGAAAAAGGAAGAAAAUUUACAAAAAAAUUCAAUGUUUUAAUUGGAUUUUCUAUCAAACAGACAAUAAUUGAAAAACAUAAUCAAACUGGCUAAUAUUAAUCAAUGGUAAUCAAGUGAAAGACAUUUAUACAAUAAUAUCUUCCUAACAGCAACAACAGCCAUAGAAAGCUACACAAUGACAGCGCCUCAACAGUAUUCCCUGCGUUGGAACAACUACUUUCGCCAUUUAACUUAUGCUCUGGACAAUCAUCGUGUCAACGAUGACUUUGUCGACGUCAGUCUAUUGUGUGAUGGACGCAAAAUUAAAGCCCAUAAAGUUGUUUUAUCUGCUUGCAGUUCGUACUUCAAGGAGAUAUUUACCGAAAAUCCUCAUCCGCAUCCUGUCAUUAUAUUUAAAUUUAUUAAGUAUGAAGAUCUCAACUCAAUUAUAGAGUUUAUGUAUCAGGGCGAAGUUAACGUUCAACAAGAGGCUCUUCAAUCAUUUUUACAAACCGCUGAACUGCUGGCAGUCCAGGGUCUGACAGCUGAAGAAAAAGAGAAACCAAAACCACCAGCUCCACUCAUUGAAGAACAGAAAUUAAUGAAAUCCAUACCCAGUACUAUACGCGCUGUAAAUGAUGCCACAACCGCUACUCAAACCAUUGAUAUUCCCCUGCUUCAUACCACCACACAACAAAUACAAAUUCCGCAGCUGCAGACGCAAACUCAGACAACAACAGUUCCUCAGCAACAACAACAGCAGCAUCAUCAUGUUCAAACACAAAUCCAGCACAUACAAGUGCAUCAAAAUACUUCACCUGCGACAACUCAUCAAGUUACCACAGUAACGGGACAUCAACAACAGUUACAGGUACAGCAUCAAGUUCAACAACAACAGCACCAACACCACCAGCAAUCAUCUCAAACCCAACAAGUUCAAGUGACUACACAACCAACACAAUUGAGUGCAAAUAUUGUUACACUGCCGGCCACCACAGGCAAUUCGAUGAAAAAACGUAAAAUAACAUUUUCCGAUGAUGAUGACAAUAUUUACACAACGGAAACGGUGGACGAACAAACUAUUGUGAAGACUGCAGACAUGACACUUUUAAGAGGAACCAUUAAGAUGGAUAUACCCGAAUAUAUAGUAAGUGAAGUAGACGAUCGACUUUCAGAUGCUGGUGGGACACCGGGAAAUAAUCAAGAUUCGGCAAAUAGUGGUCAGAAUGUCACCCAAUAUCCUUCAGAAUACGAGAUAUUAACAGAAUCUGAAAUAGAUGAUAAAUUUCAUCAAGGAGAUAAUUCAGAAAUGACACUGGAAAUGGGCCGUUUACUAAAUCCAACCACAACAUCAACCAGUACAUCACAAAAUGCUUUAGAUGAUACAACCUCUAGUUCAAAUGUGCUGUCAACAAUUAAAACCGAAAAUAAAGUCAGUUCAACAGAUUUACCCAAUAACAAAUGGACAGAAUGUCAAUUUUGCAAAAUGGUUAUAACAACAGUUAAUCUUUGGAGACAUAUUCGUACCCAGCAUACGCCACAGCCACCGCGUAAAUGUGAAUUGUGUAAUAAAAAUUUCAAAAACAAAUACAGCCUUCGUGAGCACAUACGCAUUUCACACGAACAAAAGUUGGCCCUUAAGACGGAAAACUGAUCAAUAGUUAAAGAGUGUAAAUAUUUCAUCCUAAGAAGCUAGUCGCCAUAUAUGAUUAUAAAAAAUUAAAAGAAAAUCUUAUUUUAUAAAAGAAUAAUAAACAAACAAAAGCUAUUUCCACAUAAAAAAAAAACAAAUAAAAUAUUUAUAGAAAUUAAUAUUAUUCGAUUUAAAUCUUAAAAAAUUAUAAUAACUGAAGGGUAUAUUAAACCACACUGAAUUAUAAUAUAAACAAAAACAUUUACUAGUAUGAAGUAAAAUCUAUAUUAUAAAUACACACACCAUUUAAAAUUUAAGUAGUUUAAUGUAAAUACUAACUAUUUUUCUAUUUCCUUUAAUUAAUUAAUUAAUUUCAAAGUUUUUUUCUUUGUUGACAAUGAAAUACAAACAUAUUUUUAAUACAAUUCCCUCCUAAAUGUUCAUAAAUUCGAUACAAUGUAAAAAGUUGUUUAAUACAUGAAUUUAUGUUUACAAUUUUAGAAAUGAAAAUAUGUACAUUAAAGAUUAAGUUGUAUUAAUGUUAUCAUACAUAUUUAUUAUAAUAUCUUUUAACUUACAUACAUAGUACUGAUUGUGUAUUUCAUUACGAAAAUUCAACGUAUUUUAUUUUCAAAGAAAAUUUAGUUAAUAUCUAGGAAAAAAGUAAAAAUUUUGAAUUUCAAAAUCAAUAGACAAAUUUCAUAGGAAAAGGAAACAUGAUAUCGUUGAUUUUAAUAAUAUGGAAUUAUUUUAAAAACCAUUUAAAACAUGUUCUAAUAUUCGUGAUGUUGAAUGAAAUUUUUGAACAUUAUAUGAGCUUUAGGAUUACUCCGCAUUUAGAUUUUCGAAUAUAUGCUUUUGUUUUCGAUCAGAGUUACUUUGUUGUGCUCAUUCACGAAAAGUCAUAAUUUUUAAUGGUUAAAUAAAUACCCUCAAUGUUAGGUUACUUUUACUGUAACAUACACGAGUUGUUUAAACAGGCAAUAUAUCCUUUAAAUAGAUAUUUGAUUUGUAAAUAAAAAAAUAAAAUGCAAGACUUUGGAAAUAAAAGAAAAUGUACAUAAAAAGCCAUAUUAAAACAAAAAAAUGCAGUAUUUUUUAUUUUUUUUUUUAUUAUGUAAACCUCAUUGGAAAGACAUUUUUAACUGAAUAUAUAUAUGUAUGUAUUUAAAAUGAACACAUAAAACCUACUUACACACAUUUGCAAAUUAUUAUAAAAUGUAAUUUUAAUUAAAA